GAUAUAACAAAACGUAAACAAUUGUGGGUGUAUAAAUGUUAAUGUUUUUCGGUUGCUAAUUAAAAGUGAUAAUGAAGCCAAUUGUUAUUGUAACCUCAAAUGGCGAAGAGGAGGCAGCAAAAAUAGUUAAAGAUAUCCUCACGACAAAUGGAAGUCAUAUUGAUGACACAGAGACUAUCUCCCUUGGUACAUGCACGUAUUUGACUUAUUUAUGCGACCUUAAAACAAAAUAUUAUGAAAAUACCAUUGCUUUGUUACCGUAUAAAGGAAACGUCAGCGAAAUGCCUGAAGAGGUUCUGAAGGCGACAGAGGUGUUGAUUGUUUACUUUGACCCAGAUAAUAAAUCAUUUAAGCAUCAGAUACCUGACUUUUGCAGUCUUGUGACUAACAAUGACAUUGAGAUGGGGUUAUUAUUAACUAGUAAACUCUUCGAUGAUACUAAGCAAGGCCUGACUUACGAAAAUGUCAAAGAAGAUUGUAAAUUUCAGUUUGAUGUAAUAGAGCUAUGCAAUGAAGAAGAUAAAGGUGAAACCUCGGGCUAUCAAGAAGUUGUUGAAGUAUUGAAAAAUAACAUUUGGUCAAAUAUAAAAGUGCCAGGAGGUAAUGCAGACGCUCUUGAUAAUGAUAUGGAGGAACAGUUGGAGAGCUUUGAAAAUUUGAUCACAAGCAUGCAAAAUUUUAAACGAAUGUCGAGUGGAAUGGAAAGAGACCAAAUGCUUGAUGAAGCAGAAAAAUUAGCCGAGCUAUUUAUUCAAAUGAUGAACGAAGAUUAAAUGUGAUAUAUGUAUUUUGAGAAAGCUUAAUUAAAAUACUACGGAGUAGUUUGAA